CUUUCUUACACUCCUUCAUUUCACGCUCUUUUCACGCUCUUUCUUCCGCUCUUUUCACGCUCUUUCUCACACUCUUCUAUCUGUCUUUACCAUACCUUUCUUAAGAUGCUGUUCUACACGCUAUUAUUCAGUCUUCUCUCCCCUCUCGCGCGAGCGACAGUGACCUGCACCACCACCGAAAUCAACGGAUGGCAGAAUCCGUCCUUUGAGACGGGCAACGUCGACGACUGGACAAACCUGGUGGCAACCGGGGCGGCCGCUGACGGGAGUGUUGUCGAGGGCGAUGGCUCCUCCGGCAGUUACUAUUACAGCAUCACAGGCACCGGGAUUUAUACGUACCUGUCCCAGGACAUGGCAGGCCUCACCGAAGGGCAAGCGUUGAUGCUGUCGGUGGAUUACCGAGUGUUCUUUACUGAAGACACCUCCACCACCGGCGACUAUUGUUAUAUCUUCUUCUCCACAAACUCAUGGGACAAUCUGGAGAGUGCCCAAACCACAGUCCACCCGUCUGCGUACGAGUCCAACCCGGCCUGGUCGACAUAUACCCAGACGCUCACCCCCACCGCCGACACGGAUGAGAUAUACUUCACCUGGGGUUGCUCUGCCUCGUACGUGGAGUUGGAUCUCGACAACUUCCAGGCCGUGCUGGGCACCACCACCAGCUGUACCACUGUUCUUCCCAGCUCGACUCCGGUCACCUCCUCGCCGGCCUCGUCCAGUUCGAUUGCAUCGAGCUCUUCUUUUCUAGUGACGUCCAGCUCAGUUCCAUCUUCCCCGGUCACGUCAAGCUCUGCGAUCCCAUCGACUGCUUCCUCCAACCUUGUUCCCUCCUCAGCGGCCCCAUCGAGUGCCUCUUCCAGCGUCUCUUCUUCCGCUGUCUUCCCCUUCACCAGAUCCUCCAGUCUGGCUGUCUUGCCUUCCUUGCCUGUCUCUGUCGCGUCAUCUGCAGUGUCACCGGCAUCGUCUGCCGUUGCCUCGUCAUCUGCAUCGGUAACCACAGAUGCGGUGUUCACAACUACAUCCAUUGUCUAUGUGACAGAGAUGGCCACGGCCUAUGCCUGUCCAGCUCCAUCUGCUGCCUAGAGGCUUCUCUAUUUUAUGUAAGUAGUAUUUAUAAUAGUGAACCAUAUGAAC